CCCUGCUGCGCUAUUACUUUCCGACUUAAAAUGACUUGGGAUCAGUCCCAGUUAUAACCAUUGUAAGAAUUACGGAUAAACUGAUACAAACUUAGUGGCCUCCGUACUCAAAAAAUCCCUUUAAAAAGAGUACGGGCAUUUCCUCGCAUAGAAGAACGGGACGCAGCGCAGGCUUCAGCAUUGCAGCCCGUUGUCUCUGCAUAGCUGAGGCGGUUUUAUAGAAGAUGGCGCUGCUGACCCCUCUGUUCGCCUUUCUCUACCACCUGCCGCAGGUGUAUAAAUGGCUGCUGAAGCCCUAUUAUGUGGCUUCGCUCUUAAUGGCGGUCGCCUUCCUUCUGGUCCGCAAAAGCCCCGGCAUUUGCGAGCAUCUCCCCACACAACGGGAGGACGGCAACUCCUGCGACUUCGACUGGAGGGAGGUGGAGAUCCUGAUGUUUCUCAGUGCCAUCGUCAUGAUGAAGAACAGGAGAGCCAUAACUGUGGAGCAGCACGUGGGGAACAUCAUCCUCUUCUCCAAGGUGGCCAAUGUGAUCCUCUUCUUCCGGCUGGACAUUCGAAUGGGCCUCCUCUACCUCACGCUCUGCAUCGUGUUCCUGAUGACCUGCAAACCGCCAAUCUACAUGGGCCCAGAAUACAUCAAGUACUUCAGUGACAAGACCAUAGACGAGGAGCUUGACAGGGACACUCGUGUCACAUGGAUUGUGGAGUUCUUUGCCAACUGGUCUCCUGAAUGCCAGUCCUUCGCCUCUGUCUACGCUGACCUCUCUCUCAAGUACAACUGCGCUGGCCUGAAGUUUGGGAAGGUGGACGUGGGGAGAUAUGGAGAGGUCUCUAAGAAGUACAAAGUGAGCACCUCCCCCCUGUCUAAGCAGCUUCCCUCACUGCUGCUGUUCCAGGGAGGCAAAGAGCUGAUGCGGCGUCCUCAGGUGGACAAGAAGGGUCGUGCAGUUUCCUGGAGUUUUACAGAGGAGAACAUCAUUCGCGAGUUCAACCUGAAUGAGCUGUACCAGAAGUCCAAGAAGCUGUCCAAGGGGAAAGCGGAGAAGGUGGCUGAGCCGAAGUUCCCCGCCGUGCCUGAGGAGGGCGAGCUGGAGGCAGGGCCAAAUGGACAGGAUGUGGUGCCAGAGACCAAGAAGGACAAGUAGAACAAUGUCAGACGCCACAUUUCAUUACGCAUCAGUCCUGUUGCAACAAACUAUUGACU